GCCGCGGCGGAGUCGGUGGCGGUGGCUGCGGGCUGAGCGGCUAGUUUCCGACUUCAAGCUGAGCUGCGAGGAAAAUGGCGGCGGGAGAAUCAAAAUAUUUGCUCAACAGUGGACUCGGAGACCAUUAAAAAUAAACUCCCACUUGAACAUCAUUUGACUGCAUAGCCAGGAUGAGCGGGUUAGGAGAAAAUUUGGAUCCACUGGCCAGUGACUCACGAAAACGCAAAUUGCCAUGUGAUACUCCAGGACAGGGUCUUACCUGCAGUGGUGAAAAGUGGAGACGAGAGCAGGAGAGUAAAUAUAUUGAAGAAUUGGCUGAACUGAUAUCUGCAAAUCUUAGUGAUAUUGACAAUUUCAACGUCAAACCAGAUAAAUGUGCAAUUUUAAAGGAAACAGUAAGACAGAUACGUCAAAUAAAAGAGCAAGGAAAAGCUAUUUCCAGUGAUGAUGAUGUUCAGAAAGCGGAUGUAUCUUCUACAGGACAAGGUGUUAUUGAUAAAGACUCUUUAGGACCACUUUUACUUCAGGCAUUGGAUGGUUUCCUGUUCGUGGUGAAUCGAGAUGGAAACAUUGUAUUUGUGUCAGAAAAUGUCACACAAUACCUGCAAUAUAAACAGGAGGACUUGGUUAACACAAGUGUGUAUAAUAUUUUGCAUGAAGAAGAUAGAAAGGAUUUUCUUAAAAACUUACCAAAAUCUACAGUUAAUGGAGUUUCCUGGACAAGUGAAACACAGAGACAAAAAAGCCAUACAUUUAAUUGCCGUAUGUUGAUGAAAACAACACACGAUAUUCUGGAAGACAUGAAUACCAGUCCUGAAAUGCGCCAGAGAUACGAAACAAUGCAGUGCUUUGCCUUGUCUCAGCCACGAGCUAUGAUGGAGGAGGGGGAAGAUUUGCAGUCCUGUAUGAUCUGUGUGGCUCGUCGCAUUACUACAGGAGAAAGAGCAUUUCAGUCAAAUCCUGAGAGCUUUAUUACUAGACAUGAUCUUUCAGGGAAGGUGGUCAAUAUAGACACAAAUUCACUGAGAUCCUCCAUGAGGCCUGGUUUUGAAGAUAUAAUCCGAAGGUGUAUCCAGAGAUUUUUCAGUCUUAAUGAUGGCCAGUCAUGGUCCCAGAAACGUCACUAUCAAGAAGCUUAUAUUCAUGGCCACGCGGAAACCCCAGUGUAUCGAUUCUCGUUGGCUGAUGGAACUAUAGUGACUGCACAAACAAAAAGCAAGCUCUUUCGGAAUCCUGUGACAAAUGACCGUCAUGGCUUUGUCUCAACCCACUUUCUUCAGAGAGAACAGAAUGGGUAUAGACCAAACCCAAAUCCUGUGGGACAAGGCAUUAGACCUCCUGUAGCUGGAUGCAACAGUUCAGUAGGAGGCAUGAAUAUGUCACCAAACCAAGGAUUACAGAUGCUGAGCAGCAGGGCUUACGGCUUGACAGACCCCAGUGCCACAGGGCAGAUAAGUGGAAUGAGGUAUGGGGCUUCCGGUAACAUAGCCUCAUUGACCCCUGGGCCAGGCGUGCAGUCACCAUCUUCCUACCAGAAUAAUAACUAUGGGCUCAAUAUGGGUAGCCCCCCACAUGGCAGUCCAGGUCUUGGCUCCAACCAGCAGAGCAUCAUGAUUUCUCCUCGAAAUCGUGGGAGCCCGAAGAUGGCGUCACACCAGUUUUCUCCUGUUGCAGGUGUGCACUCUCCCAUGGGGUCUUCUGGCAGCACUGGGAGCCACAACUUUUCUAGCAGCUCUCUCAGUGCCCUGCAAGCCAUCAGUGAGGGUGUGGGCACUUCCCUUUUAUCUACUCUGUCUUCACCAGGCCCCAAGUUGGAUAACUCGCCCAAUAUGAAUAUAACGCAACCAAGUAAAGUGACCAGUCAAGAUUCCAAGAGUCCCCUAGGUUUGUACUGUGAUCAAAAUCCGGUAGAGAGCUCAAUGUGUCAGUCAAAUAGCAGAGAUCACCUCAAUGACAAAGAAAGUAAGGAGAGCAGUGGUGAAGGGUCAGAGAAUCAACGGGGUCCUUUGGAAAGCAAAGGUCAUAAAAAGUUACUGCAGUUACUGACCUGCUCUUCUGAUGACCGAGGUCAUUCUUCCUUGACCAACUCCCCUUUGGAUUCAAGUUGUAAAGACUCUUCUGUUAGUGUCACCAGCCCCUCUGGAGUCUCCUCCUCAACAUCAGGAGGAGUGUCCUCCACAUCCAAUAUGCAUGGGUCACUGUUGCAAGAGAAACACCGUAUUUUGCACAAGUUGCUGCAGAACGGGAAUUCACCAGCUGAGGUAGCCAAGAUUACUGCAGAAGCCACUGGGAAAGAUACCAGCAGUACUACUACUUGUGGUGAAGGAAACGUCAAGCAGGAGCAGCUAAGUCCUAAGAAGAAGGAGAACAAUGCACUUCUUAGAUACCUGCUGGACAGGGAUGAUCCUAGUGAUGCGCUCUCUAAAGAACCCCAGCCCCAGGUGGAAGGAAUGGACAAUAAAAUGAGUCAGUGCAGCAGCUCCACCAUUCCCAGCUCAGGUCAAGAAAAAGACUCGAAAAUUAAGACAGAAACAAGUGAAGAGGGAUCUGGAGACUUGGAUAAUCUAGAUGCUAUUCUGGGUGAUCUGACUAGUUCUGACUUUUAUAAUAAUCCCUUAUCCACAAAUGGCAGUCAUCUAGGGACCAAGCAACCAAUGUUCCAAGGAACAAAUUCUCUGGUAGGUUUGAGAAGCCCACAGUCUGUGCAGUCUGCUCGUCCUCCGUAUAACCGUGCAGCAUCUCUAGAUAGCCCUGUUUCUGUUGGCUCAAGUCCUCCAGUAAAGAAUAUCAGUGCUUUCCCCAUGCUAGCAAAGCAGCCUGUGCUGGGUGGGAAUCCAAGGAUGAUGGAUAGUCAGGAAAAUUAUGGCUCAAAUAUGGGUGGACCAAACAGAAAUGUGACACUGAACCAGACUCCUUCUCCAGAGUGGGGCUUACCAAACUCAAAGGCCAGUAGAGUGGAACCUGUGAGUUCUAACUCCAUGGGAAGACCAGGAGAUUACAGUGCUGCUUUACCCAGACCUGCAAUGGGGGGCUCUGUGCCCACUUUGCCUCUUCGGUCUAAUAGUAUACCAGGUGCAAGGCCAAUGUUGCAGCAGCAGCAUCAGCAGCAGCAACAGCAGAUGCUUCAAAUAAGGCCUGGUGAGAUUCCCAUGGGAAUGGGGGUCAAUCCCUAUGGCCAAGCAGCACCAGCUAAUCAACCAGGUUCCUGGCCAGAUGGCAUGCUGUCCAUGGAACAGGGGCCCCAUGUGCCUCAAAAUAGACCUCUUCUCAGGAAUUCCCUGGAUGAUCUCCUUGGGCCACCUUCUAACCCAGAAGGCCAGAGUGAUGAGAGAGCAUUGUUGGACCAGCUACACACACUCCUGAGUAAUACAGAUGCCACAGGCCUGGAGGAAAUUGACAGAGCUUUGGGCAUUCCUGAACUUGUAAAUCAGGGACAAGCUUUGGAGCCCAAACAAGAUGCCUUCCAAGGCCAAGAAGCAGCAGUACUGAUGGAUCAGAAGGCAGCUUUGUAUGGGCAGACAUAUCCAGCACAGGGGCCUCCAGUGCAAGGAGGCUUUAAUCUUCAGGGACAAUCGCCGUCUUUUAACUCUAUGAUGACUCAGAUGAACCAGCAAGGCAGUUUCCCUCUCCAAGGAAUGCACCCCAGGGCCAACAUCAUGAGACCCCGGACAAACACUCCCAAGCAACUUAGAAUGCAGCUUCAGCAGAGGCUGCAGGGCCAGCAGUUCUUGAAUCAGAGCCGGCAGGCGCUUGAAAUGAAAAUGGAAAACCCUGCUGCUGCUGCCGCUGCUGCCGCCGCCGCCGCAGCAAUCAGGCCCAUGAUGCAGCCCCAGCAGGGUUUUCUGAAUGCCCAGAUGGUUGCCCAACGCAGCAGAGAGCUGCUAACUCACCACUUCCGACAGCAGAGGGUGGCGAUGAUGAUGCAGCAGCAGCAACAGCAGCAGCAACAGCAGCAGCAGCAGCAGCAGACCCAGGCCUUCAGCCCACCCCCAAAUGUGACCGCUUCCCCCAGCAUGGAUGGGGUUUUGGCAGGACCUGCAAUGCCACAAGCUCCACCACAGCAAUUUCCAUAUCCACCAAAUUAUGGAAUGGGACAACAACCAGAUCCAGCUUUUGGUCGAGUGUCCAGUCCUCCUAAUGCAAUGAUAUCAUCAAGGAUGGGCCCCUCUCAGAAUCCCAUAAUGCAGCAUCCUCAGACGGCACUGUAUCCGUCCUCAGAAAUGAAGGGCUGGCCAUCAGGAAAUGUGGCCAGGAAUAGCUCAUUUCCCCAGCAGCAGUUUGCGCACCAGGGGAAUCCUGCAGCAUACAGCAUGGUGCACAUGAAUGGCAGUAGUGGUCACCUGGGACAGAUGAACAUGAAUUCCAUGCCCAUGUCUGGCAUGCCCAUGGGUCCUGAUCAGAAAUAUUGCUGAUGUCUCCAAACCUGGACCUUUGAGGAAAUCACUGUACAAAUGACACUGCACUAGGAUAAUCUGGAGUGUAUGGAGUUUUGAAGAAGAUGGAAAUGUCAUUCUGAGAGCAAUAUUUAAAUUCUCAGGAAUUGACCAAACAGUGUUGAGAAUGAAUUUGGUUUCAGUCAAGUUUACAUUAAAUCAUUCUUCACAUUGCAAAGCAUCUAACUACAUGGGACGACUCAUGAAAUGGGGUGGUGAGCUGUGACUGCUUUGCUGACCGUUUUGGAUGUUCUUGUAAAUAAAGGUUUCUAUUUAAAAACCGGA